AUGGGUCCUUCGGAAGGGGAUGCGGAUGAGGCGCUUAAUCCACCGUCAUCUGUAUCCUCGUCUUCCUCUUCAAGAUCGCCACUGACGCCGGCCCAGCGAUAUCCUGGGUGGCUAUACCAGGUCGUCCGACCGCUGGAGGAAUUCAUCGACGACGUGGAGCCGACGGAUCUCUACGAUGGUCUCCAGGAGAUCGCGGAGGGAGAGAGCGGCUCCGUUUUCUCCGCCCGAGUUAAGGCUUCGUCUCCGGACGUCUUUGUCGCCAUCAAGCAGAUCCCAAUCCUGCCAUCGGGUACACCGAAGUUAACUGACUUGCAGAGGGAGCUCACGCUGAUGAAGGGAGUCCGGCAUGAGAAUGUCUUGCCUUUCGAGCAUCUCUAUGUCGAUCUCCAGGAGGACUCGCUCUGGAUACGCAUGGAACUCAUGGACCGAAGCUUGGCCGAUGUCAUUGCCCUCAACGAGGACGGCAUAACCAUCACGGAGGAAGUUAUGGCCAGGUUUGCCAGUGAUGUUUUGUCGGGCUUGCAAUAUCUACAGAGUUUGCAUAUUGCCCACCGGGAUCUCAGGUCCGAUAAUAUGCUCCUGAACGCAGAGGGAGUUUUGAAGAUUGCGGACUUCUCGACCGCUGUGAAGGUAUCGCUGGAGGAACCCAUGUGCUGCGACGUGGUAGGUGUGGCUUACUGGCAGGCUCCAGAAGUUCGAAAGGGUUCAUACAAUGCGCUCAAUGUGGACGUAUGGUCCUUGGGUGCGACAGUGUGGGAAAUGGCAGAGGGAGAGCCACCAUUCUCAGACAUACAAAAUCCUCUCGAUUUUCCUGAGCAAUGGCCCAUGCUACGCCGGCCUGACGUGUAUUCGGAGUCUUUCCACGAUUUCCUUGAUUUAUGCUCCCGACCUAAUUCCAUUCGACCAACUGCCGAGGAACUCCUGCAAGAGCACUUCAUUCGCAGAGCGUGUCCGCGGUCGGUGGUUAUUCAGCUGCUGUCGGAUUGUCGAGACCUCGAAGAGAAGCUGCAACGGAGACAGAGUGUUGGAUCACAAGGGACUAUUUCAUGA